AUGUCCUACUCCCACGACCUCCACCUUCAGGUGCGCACACGCGAUUCACUAGAGCUCGCGUCGCUCGCUAGCUCCGACCACGCAGGCUCUGCAGAUGAGACCGACUCCCGCCCCAGUAUAUCCUCCUCGCGGAAGCUAUCCCUCGAACAGGAUGACCCCUUGGACGUGGGCAACCCGGCGGCGACUGGGCGACCUGCAGGCCAUGGGCGCACGUUCUCCAUGUCCUCCGGCUUCAGUUUCACAGCGAACCUCUUCCCCCUCUCCUCGACCACCGGCGCCGGCUAUACUCCCAUUGGUGCUCCCACCGUGACGCCGACACAGAAUGGCGGUCUGGGCGGGGCAUCUCUCGAGAAGCACAAGACUUUGACAUACAUGAACGGGCUCUCGCUCAUUGUUGGUCUGAUCAUAGGGUCUGGCAUAUUCUCAUCACCGAGCCAGGUCAAUGUCAACAUGGGUUCGCCCGGUGGUGCUCUCAUUAUAUGGGUGGUUGCUGGAGUCCUCGCCUGGACCGGCGCGGCUAGCUAUGCCGAGCUUGGAGGCGCAAUACCUCUGAACGGGGGGUCGCAGGUAUACCUGGCCAAGAUCUUCCAUGAGAUCUGGGGCUUUUUAUUCAUGUGGGUGGCGGUGCUGGUCCUGAAGCCUGGAAGUGCCGCCAUCAUAUCGAUCAUUAUGGGUGAAUACGUCGUACGGGCUGCUAUUGGAGCGGAGGCCGAGAUCAUCAACCCAUGGUACAACAAGGCCGUCGGCCUGUUCGGCCUGCUCCUGGUGACGUUCUUCAACUGCGUCUCUACGAAGCUCGGGACCCGGGUGAAUGACUCGCUCAUGUUCUUAAAGUUCAUUGCGUUGCUUGGGGUCACGAUCACUGGGGUUGUGGUCGCUUUCACGGGCUAUUCCUACAGCGGAGAGCCGAAUGAGGACUGGAAAACCCAUGAUUGGUUUGAUGGGACGAAGAUGGAUGUUUCAGCUUGGGCAGUGGCUCUCUACGCGGGCCUUUGGGCUUAUGACGGUUGGGACAAUACCAACUACGUCGUGGGCGAAUUCCGGAAUCCCAGUCGAGACCUGCCCCGCGUCAUUCACACAGCCAUGCCGCUGGUCAUUCUGUGUUACGUAUUGGCUAAUCUCUCAUACUUCCUCGUCCUCCCUCUAUCCGCCACAAACUCGUCCAACACCAUUGCUGUUCUCUUCGGCUCCAAAGUCUUCGGACCCAUCGGCUCUCUGUUACUUGCUCUAAUCGUCAGCGCGUCGUGCUUCGGAGCACUGAACAGCUCCACUUUCACCAGCAGCCGCCUCGUCUACGCUGCCAGCAAAGAGGGCUACGUCCCCGCGUUCUUGGGACGAGUUGGUGUAGGGUCCAAUGCCAUGGAAAACAGGCACGUCUCUACGCUACGCACACGAAGCUGGUUCUCCAACGCUCUGACCCGCUGGAUCGGAGACGAGGAUACAGGCCUCUUCUUCACGCCCGUCAACGCACUUGUGCUCAACUGCGCCCUCACUGUCGCCUACGUCAUCGUCGGCGAGUUCGACACCCUGCUGACCUUCUACGGUGUCGCGGGCUAUACUUUCUACUUCCUGACGGUGCUCGCGCUUAUUGUCCUGCGCGUUAAGGAACCGAAUCUUGAGAGGCCGUACAAGACGUGGAUCACGACUCCGAUUAUCUUUUGCUGCGUCAGCUUAUUUUUGCUCUCACGUGCCGUUAUUGCAGAGCCUUUACAGACUCUCAUUGUGAUUGCCUUUGUCGCGGCAGGCGUACCCGUGUACUUCUUGAGAGUGCGGAGAAAGGGUCCUGCGAAGAGGCCAAAUAGGGACUACGAGGAAGACGAACCCGGCUGGAAGUUCUGGAAGCGAUGGACAAAAUAAAUAAGGAAGAAGAGAAAACAAAACAAAAAAAGGAAAAGCGGGCUGCUAAGGAAAAGAGUUGGAAAAGGCCAUAUGUGAGCUAAUGAGGCCGUAUUAUCAAUGAGCUCUCUUUGCGGAUUGGCCUGGACACAAGCAUCGUAAUUUUUGGGCAGCAUGAUACCACGAAUACUUUACGUACCCCUUGACUGAA